UAAACAGUGUUUAUUAUGGUAAUAUUUUUAUUGGAAAUAUACUACCUUCAAUAAAUCUGUAAUGCGGAUUAGCAGAAAUAUAAUAGAUUGGAAAAAAAUUACAAAGUGUGUGAAUACUUUGGAGUGUAGGCCUGGCGAUCUACAGUAAACUCCUAGUUCCAAACUUAAAAUUGUCAUUGUACUGUGUGCAGCUUCAGUAAAUCUGCAUCAAAUUCAUCUAAAGGUCAAAAUGGAUCAAGUUUUCAAAGUUGACCCGGUGACUCAGCUGCGGCGCUUUGCAUACUUAGUAACCCCAAAUGAGUCAUCUUUUGAAACUCUCGAAGAAGUUCCAGAUUAUAUCGUAGAGUCACUACCAUACUUCACGAUCUCAGUGAUAUUGGAGGCGGUCAUCAUUGGAAUUCGAGACAAGAAAUGGUUACGUGUGAACGACACAGUUAGCUCUAUUUCUGCAGGAUUGUUAAUGACAGCUGUCAAGACUCUCUUCAAAAGUUUGGAGAUUCUUGCAUACAUUUGGGUUUAUGAGAACUACCGAAUAUUUGAAUUGCCAUGGAACAGUGCAUGGACAUGGGUGAUUUGUAUGUUAACCUUUGACUUUGCCUACUACUGGUUUCAUCGAGCUGCUCACGAGGUCAACGUAUUAUGGGCUGCCCAUCAAGUGCAUCAUAGCUCCGAAGAAUACAACCUGUCGACAGCCCUUCGGCAGUCAGUAGUGCAGCAUUAUACUUCCUGGAUUUUCUAUGUUCCUAUGGCACUUGCUAUUCCAACACCUGUGAUGCUGGUUCAUGCACAAUUUAACCUGCUCUAUCAAUUUUGGAUUCACACCGAGCUUGUGUCGUCCCUAGGUCCACUUGAGUAUAUUCUUAAUACACCAAGCCAUCACAGAGUACAUCAUGGUCGGAACCCUUACUGUAUUGAUAAGAAUUAUGCAGGUACCUUGAUAAUAUGGGACAGAAUGUUUGGCACAUUCCAAGCUGAAGGAGAGAAAGUAGUGUAUGGUUUAACACAUCCACUCAACUCAUGGAAUCCUGUGUGGAUUCAAGUGUGCCAUUUCACCCAUAUUCUCAAGACUGUUUGGACAACUCCAGGCUUUGGGAACAAGCUGUCUGUGAUCUUCAAGGGACCAGGCUGGAUGCCAGGUACACCAAGGUUAGGUAAUCCGGAGGAUAUUCCAAAGGUGAGUGCACCUGUUGAGGUGUACAACCCAGCAAUGUCAGUGUGGUUGCAGUUGUAUGUGGCCUUCCAUUAUUUUGUCAAUCAAGCUGUCUUCACUUUGUACCUGGACAAUCAUCAGUAUAUGGGUUAUGUUAUUGGCCUUGCUUGCUGCCUCUACGUAGUGUAUACACUUACCUGCAUUGGUAGCAUAUGCGAUAAUAAGUGGUAUGCGCCAUUCAUAGAAAUUGCAAGGUGUAUCCUGGUGGUGGGCUUCGACAUGAUCUACCUUUCCAAUAAAAGUGUUCCCGAAUUGUCAUUUUUGCCAUCUUCCUUACGGAAUGGUAUUCAUGCUGGGAGUGUUGUUUUUUGGCUGCUUUUCCUGACACUCAGCAAGACAGAGAAAAUCAAAGAUUCAUAAAAAGGUACCAGGAUUGGUAUUAUUUUAUCAUAGUUUUAUGCAACAUAAGCAAUACCAAUAUUGAAAAUAUUAAAAGUCAUCAUAAUGUGUUAUAUAGGCAUCUUAUGUCACCAAUAUUUGAUUUGAUCUAUCCAAUAUGGUCUCAAAAAACAAAAUAAUAUAAUUAUCAUAUCACAAAAGAGCAUAUCUAGGCCAACAGUGCUGUAUACCUAAAAAAAGGAAAAUUUUACCUAAUUUAGAUUUUCCAAAUACUACAGUUUAAGUACACAUUUCUUGCUGUUGAAGGAUUAGCUAAUACAACAAUAUACAAAUUUAAAAUGUGUAUACAACUAAUCAGUCAUUGAGACAAGAUACUAAUAUAUUAUCUUUAAUCUUGGUAUUUCAGAUAAUGAUUCUUGAAUUUGUUUUAUUUUUUUAAAAUUUUAUUUUUUAAUGAAAAUUUGGUAAGCAAUAGGCUACCUGGGGAGGCCAGAUAGCUAUAUAUUCAUUGUGACUAGUGGCUAUUAUAACUAACCUCCCCCUCAACUAAACUUAAUCUAUAAACAUACAGCAAUAAUGAAAAUAAAUAUAUAAAAUGCAUUCAAGACAGUAAUGGGUUUAAUUUUUCAAAUAUUAAAUUUAAUUAUGUUUAUAUGAGAUUAUAUUUUUCAAUUGUGGUAGUCUGUUCUAUUUUAUAACCAACAUUUUGUGUAUUUCUUGAAAUGCAAACUUACAAAAUUGAUUAGAUAUGCAUAGAAAUAAUUUUGAUAACCAGGAAAUCUAGACAGCCCUACCGGAUUGGAGGAAAAGCCUCUAUCAGUCCCUCCCUUUUUUGGGUAUGCACCUCGCUUGAUUAAUUCUGUGCAUUCCAAAGAAUUACUAGAAUAAUUUUUGUGAUGAUUUUUAACAAUAAACUUAAAAUUAUAUUUUUUUGAUUUGUUAAUCAAUACACAUUUUUAAUUUAUUAUAAAUAAUUAUUUAUCUAAUAUUAGCAGUUUCAAAA